CUAUUUAGAAGUUUGUGGUGAAGAGGAAACCUAUAGUGUUGUAAAAUGCUGAGUACAGUGUCUGGCAUGGAGCAGACACUCACGUGUAAACAAACCACACGGCCCGCCGCGCACCUCUGUGCUAAGCACAAGUGUGCCACAUGCAGGCGGGCGAGAGAUGUGUAGGCUCUGCCUGUUUGCACAUGCCCUUCCUUGGAGACCGCAGACCUCGAGCGAAUCACAUGCCUGGGGGAGUGCCCUGUGGACAGGGCAACAAGAGAGGCCCAGUGCUGCAGGGAAAAGGGGGCAAAGCCUUAGAGAUGGACCCUCCCUACCUCCAGUUCUCCCAGCUCCUGCAGGCCCCUGGGGGGAGGCUGGCAGGGGCUGUUUUCCCCAGUCACAGGACUUGUUCACUGCCCUUUCGCUGGGCGGAGCUAAGAUGGCAUGGAAGCUUCCUGACCCAACAGGACCCUCUGCCACUCACCUCUGCCCCAAGGAUAAGUAAGUUCCUCCCAGACACAGUGGGGCUGAGGCUCCACACCCCACCCCUUGCCUGCUUGUUCUCUGAGGGGCACUGUGGCCCCCACUGAACAAGACAGACUGAUCCCUGCCCCGUGGCACCGUAGGAUGGGGAAUGAAGCACACAGCUGCCUCUGAUCUGAGAUGAAAGUUCACAAAUGAAAUGCUUCAUGGAAUUUUGCCUGAGGCUUGAUCAGCGUCUCGCCUGGGGUUGGGGGCCAGGGCUUGGUCUGGGACCAAGAUCAAGGCCCACUCUUUCCUUUCCUCCUCCACUGGUCCAGAAUGACAUCGACAUCUACAGCCUCACUGUAGACUCCAAGGUCUCAUCCCGAUUUGCCCACACAGUCGUCACCAGCCGGGUCGUCAACAAGGCCAGUACUUUGCAGGAGGUCACCUUCCAGAUGGAGCUGCCCAAGAAAGCCUUCAUCACCAACUUCUCCAUGAUCAUUGAUGGUGUGACCUACCCCGGUAACAUCAAGGAGAAGGCUGCAGCCCAGGAGCAAUACAGCGCAGCUGUGGCGAGGGGAGAGAGCGCCGGCCUCGUCAAGGCCACUGGGAGAAAGACAGAGCAGUUCCAGGUGUCAGUCAGUGUGGCGCCCACUGCCAAGGUCACCUUCGAGCUGGUGUAUGAGGAGCUCCUGGUGCGGCAUCUGGGAGCGUACGAGCUGCUGCUGAAAGUCCAGCCCCAGCAGGUGGUCAAGCACCUGCAGAUGGACAUUUACAUCUUCGAGCCUCAGGGCAUCAGCUUUCUGGAGACAGAGAGCACCUUCAUGACCAAUGAACUGGCAGAGGCCCUCACCACCUCACAGAACAAGACCAAGGCUCAUGUCCGAUUCAAGCCGACGCUGUCCCAGCAGCAAAAGUCUCCAGGGCAGCAGCAGGACACAGUCCUGGAUGGCAACUUCAUCGUCCGCUAUGAUGUGGACCGGACUGUCUCCGGGGGUUGCAUUCAGAUCGAGAAUGGCUACUUUGUGCACUACUUUGCUCCUGAGCACCUGGCCACGAUACCCAAGAAUGUGAUCUUUGUCAUUGACAAGAGCGGCUCCAUGAGGGGCAGGAAAAUCCAGCAGACCCGGGAAGCCCUCAUCAAGAUCCUGGGUGACCUCGGUGCCCGUGACCAGUUCAACCUCAUCAGCUUCAGUGGGGAAGCAACCCAGUGGAAGCCACAGCUAGUGCCAGCCUCGGCUAAGAACGUGAAUGAGGCCAAGAGCUACGCCACUGGCAUCCAGGCCCAGGGAGGGACCAAUAUAAACGAUGCGAUACUGAUGGCCGUGCAACUGCUAGAGAGAGCCAACCGGGAGGAGCUGCUGCCCGCAGGAAGCGUCACCCUCAUCAUCCUCCUCACCGACGGCGACCCCACUGCAGGGGAAACCAACCCCUCAAGGAUCCAGAAGAACGUGCAGGAAGCCAUAGAUGGCCAGCACAGCCUCUUCUGCCUGGGCUUCGGCUUCGACGUCAGCUACACCUUCCUGGAGAAGCUGGCACUGGACAACGGUGGCCUGGCCCGGCGCAUCUAUGAGGACUCGGACUCCGCACUGCAGCUCCAGGACUUCUACCAAGAGGUGGCCAACCCACUGAUGACAUCGGUGGCCUUCGAGUACCCAAGCAACGCCGUGGAGGCGGUCACACAGGACGCCUUCCGGCUGUUCUUCAAGGGCUCCGAGUUGGUGGUGGCCGGGAAGCUCCGGGACCAGAGCCCUGAUGUGCUCUCAGCCAAAGUCAGGGGGCAGCUGCACAUGGAGAACGUCACCUUUGUAACGGAGUCCCGCGUGGCAGAGCAGGAGGAGGCGUUCCGGAGCCCCAGAUACAUCUUCCACAGCUUCAUGGAGAGACUGUGGGCGUACCUGACCAUCCAGCAACUGCUGGAGCAAACAGUCUCCACGCUAGAUGCUGAGAAGCAGGCUCUUGAGGCCCGAGCUCUGAACUUGUCGCUCAGCUACAGCUUUGUCACCCCGCUCACGUCCAUGGUGAUCACCAAACCCGAAGGUCAAGAGCAGUCUCAGGUUGCUGAGAAGCCCGUGGAAAAUGAAAACAGACACAGGAACGUCCACUCAGGUCACACUCUCUUCAGAUAUCAUUCCAUGGGAGACAGAGCAUCCAGAAUAACAGGAGGCAGCAGUGCAGACCCUGUCUUUUCUAAAAGAAGAGGCUGGAGAGGACAAGCUGGAGUUUUCGAUAAGCUGUACAGCUUCCCAACGAGAUUAGGACCACCUGGACCUCUUCAUCCUCUUCAUCUUCCUUAUCCAUCCCACCGUACGACUUUGGGACCAAUGCUACCAGACGUGAUGUCACGGCCAUCAGAUACCUCAUUUCCUGAUGAAGCGUCUCAUGACAUGGACUUAAGAAUCAAAGAAACAACCACGGCAACCACACACCCCGCCCCCAUCCAGCCUCCUUCCGUCAUCCUGCCGCUGCCUGGGCAGAGCGUGGACCGGCUCUGUGUGGACCUCAAGCGCUCUCAGGGACCGACAAACCUGCUCUCAGACCCUGGCCAAGGGAUUGAGGUGACUGGCCACUAUGAGACAGAGAAGGCCCACUUCUCGUGGAUUGAGGUGACCUUCAAGAAACCCCAGCUGCAGGUUCGUGCAUCCCCCGAGCACGUGGUAGUGACUCGGAGCCGAAGAAGCUCUGCAUACAAGUGGAAGAAAACUCUGUACUCGGUGAUGCCAGGUCUCAAGAUGACCAUGGACAAGGCGGGGCUUCUGCUGCUCAGCAGCCCUGACAGAGUGACCAUCGGCCUGCUGUCCUGGGACGGCCCUGGGGAGGGGCUCCGGCUCCUUCUGCGGGACACUGACCGCUUCUCCAGCCACAUCAGUGGGACCCUUGGCCAGUUUUACCAGGACGUGCUCUGGGAGCCCCUGGCAGCAGCAGAUGACAGCAAGCGAACACUGAAGGUCCAGGGGCAUGACCACUCUGCCACCAGAGAGCUCAAGCUGGAUUACCAAGAGGGGCCCCCGGGAACAGAGAUUUCCUGCUGGUCUGUGGAGCUGUAGUUCUGAUGCAAGGAGUUAUGCCCACCCCCCGUGCCGCCUGCUGGGUGUAGAUGGCUGCCACCCUGCGACCACAGGGCCACCUGUGGGUCCUGUAACAUCGUGGGGAGAGCCAUGUGGCCUGAACAACCUGAGGCUUGAACAUUUCGUACCCAGCAGCCCAUGUGUCUGUGCUGACAUCCGAUGACUGUCCACCAC